GGGCGGCCGGGUCUUAGAGCCGACGGAUUCCUGCGCUCCUCGCCCCGAUUGGCGCCGACUCCUCUCAGCUGCCGGGUGAUUGGCUCAAAGUUCCGGGAGGGGGCGUGGCCCGAGGAAAGUAAAAACUCGCUUUCAGCAAGAAGACUUUUGAAACUUUUCCCAAUCCCUAAAAGGGACUUGGCCUCUUUUUCUGGGCUCAGCGGGGCAGCCGCUCGGACCCCGGCGCGCGGACCCUCGGGGCUGCCGAUUCGCUGGGGGCUUGGAGAGCCUCCUGCGCCCCUCCUUGCGCGGGCCGAGGGUCCACCUGGGUCCCCAGGCCGCGGCGUCUCCGCUGGGUCCGUGGCCGCCCGCCUGCCCGCGCUGCCGCCGCCGGGUCCUGGAGGCAGCGAGGAGCGGGGCCGGCGCUGCGCUUGCCCGGGGCGCGCCCUCCAGGAUGCUGAUCCGCCCGGUCCGCUGAAAGCGCGCGCCCCUGCUCGGCCCGAGCGCCGCCGCCCGCGCCCCCUCGCCCCGGAGGCUGCCAGGAGCCCGGGGCCGCCCCUCCCGCUCCCCUCCUCUCCCCCUCUGGCUCUCUCGCGUUCUCUCGCUCUCGGGGCCCCCCUCGCUCCCCCGGCUGCAGUCCGUGCGCGCGGGCGCCGGCGAGCCGUCUCGGAAGCAGCAUGCAGGCGCGCUACUCCGUGUCCGACCCCAACGCCCUGGGAGUGGUGCCCUACCUGAGCGAGCAGAAUUACUACCGGGCUGCGGGCAGCUACGGCGGCAUGGCCAGCCCCAUGGGCAUCUAUUCCGGCCACCCGGAGCAGUACAGCGCGGGGAUGGGCCGCUCCUACGCGCCCUACCACCACCACCAGCCCGCGGCGCCUAAGGACCUGGUGAAGCCGCCCUACAGCUACAUCGCGCUCAUCACCAUGGCCAUCCAGAACGCGCCCGAGAAGAAGAUCACCUUGAACGGCAUCUACCAGUUCAUCAUGGACCGCUUCCCCUUCUACCGGGAGAACAAGCAGGGCUGGCAGAACAGCAUCCGCCACAACCUCUCGCUCAACGAGUGCUUCGUCAAGGUGCCUCGCGACGACAAGAAGCCCGGCAAGGGCAGUUACUGGACCCUGGACCCGGACUCCUACAACAUGUUCGAGAACGGCAGCUUCCUGCGGCGCCGGCGGCGCUUCAAAAAGAAGGACGUGUCCAAGGAGAAGGAGGAGCGGGCCCACCUCAAGGAGCCGCCCCCGGCGGCGUCCAAGGGCGCCCCGGCCACCCCCCACCUAGCGGACGCCCCCAAGGAGGCCGAGAAGAAGGUGGUGAUCAAGAGCGAGGCGGCGUCCCCGGCGCUGCCGGUCAUCACCAAGGUGGAGACGCUGAGCCCCGAGAGCGCGCUGCAGGGCAGCCCGCGCAGCGCGGCCUCCACGCCCGCCGGCUCCCCCGACGGCUCGCUGCCCGAGCACCACGCCGCGGCGCCCAACGGGCUGCCUGGCUUCAGCGUGGAGAACAUCAUGACCCUGCGAACGUCGCCGCCGGGCGGAGAGCUGAGCCCGGGGGCCGGACGCUCGGGCCUGGUGGUGCCGCCGCUGGCGCUGCCCUACGCCGCCGCGCCGCCCGCCGCCUACGGCCAGCCGUGCGCUCAGGGCCUGGAGGCCGGGGCCGCCGGGGGCUACCAGUGCAGCAUGCGAGCGAUGAGCCUGUACACCGGGGCCGAGCGGCCGGCGCACAUGUGCGUCCCGCCCGCCCUGGACGAGGCCCUCUCGGACCACCCGAGCGGCCCCACGUCGCCCCUGAGCGCUCUCAACCUCGCCGCCGGCCAGGAGGGCGCGCUCGCCGCCACGGGCCACCACCACCAGCACCACGGCCACCACCACCCGCAGGCGCCGCCGCCCCCGCCGGCUCCCCAGCCCCAGCCGACGCCGCAGCCCGGGGCCGCCGCGGCCCAGGCGGCCUCCUGGUAUCUCAACCACAGCGGGGACCUGAACCACCUCCCCGGCCACACGUUCGCGGCCCAGCAGCAAACUUUCCCCAACGUGCGGGAGAUGUUCAACUCCCACCGGCUGGGGAUUGAGAACUCGACCCUCGGGGAGUCCCAGGUGAGUGGCAAUGCCAGCUGUCAGCUGCCCUACAGAUCCACGCCGUCUCUCUAUCGCCACGCAGCCCCCUACUCCUACGACUGCACGAAAUACUGACGUGUCCCGGGACCUCCCCUCCCCGGCCCGCUCCGGCUUCGCUUCCCAGCCCCGACCCAACCAGACAGUUAAGGGGCUGCAGAGACGCAAAAAAGAAACAAAACAUGUCCACCAAACUUUUCUCAGACCCGGGAGCAGAGAGCGGGCACCCUAGCCCCCAGCCGUCUGUGAAGAGCGCAGGUAACUUUAAUUCGCCGCCCCGUUUCUGGGAUCCCAGGAAACCCCUCCAAAGGGACGCAGCCCAUCAAAAUGAGUAUUGGUCUUAAAAUCCCCCUCCCCUACCAGGACGGCUGUGCUGUGCUCGACCUGAGCUUUCAAAAGUUAAGUUAUGGACCAAAUCCCAUAGCGAGCCCCUAGUGACUUUCUGUAGGGGUCCCCAUAGGUGUCUGGGGGUCUCUAUAGAUAAUAUAUGUGCUGUGUGUAAUUUUAAAUUUCUCCAACCGUGCUGUACAAAUGUGUGGAUUUGUAAUCAGGCUAUUUUGUUGUUGUUGUUGUUGUUCAGAGCCAUUAAUAUAAUAUUUAAAGUUGAGUUCACUGGAUAAGUUUUUCAUCUUGCCCAACCAUUUCUAACUGCCAAAUUGAAUUCAAGAAACCGAUGUGGGUUUUGUUUCCUGUAAAAUUAUGAGAUAUAAUUCUUUUUCCCGUUGGAGGUCUUUUACAAAACAAGAAAAUAAUUUAUUUUUUUGUUGGUGGAUAAAGAAGUCAAGUAUCUGAUACUUUUUAUUUACAAAGUGUGAUGGUUUUGUAUAGUAGGUUCCACCCUGAGUAUUCCUAAAAGAAAAAAAAAAACUUAAAAAAUCUCACUUCAUCUAUGUUUGUCUUAUGUGGUCUUAAUCGUUGUACUUACCUUAAAAUAAACCCAUGUUUUUUUUUCUGCCCAAAGUUUGGACAGUGUUUGUGUUGUUGCAUUUUUUAAAAACGAGGUGUGUUUGCAAACCCACCUGCUUGGAUUAUUUUUGUUACACAGGUGGGUAUAUGUGCAGACACAUAGAAACGACCAGAGAAUAGGAGCACACACCUGCUGUCUUGUUUAGUGACAGAAAAAGGCUUUUGAUUAAUUUUAAAAUCCCACUCUAGGAUUUUUUCUUUUCGAGAAACCGCCUAGUUGGAGGGGGCUGCCUGAAGGACCGGACCAUGAGUUUGCCGUGAUGCAUUUUCUUAAAUGCAGAAAAACAUGCUAAUUGUCAAAAACAAACAGUGCCACUCCAUCUCAGUGUCCAGCCGUCCCCAGUUUAGGAGGUGAAGGAAGGGAAGAAUAAACAUUUCCCGUUUGCUAACUGCAACCCAGGGUGAGUCCUGCUUUCCCCCGAUUUUAUAAAAUUUGAGCCUCUUUGCCUGCUUUAAUAGUUUUCCAGAGAAUUUGAACUGGGCCAAUGAAGGUCUGAAGGGGACGGAUUUUCUAGCGUUUAAUAUCCAUCCCCCUUAGCAGCCAGAUCAGAGGGGAAUUUCAGACUUUAUUACUUCUCAAUGUCAUGUCUAAAUCUACACCCUCAUCGCAGUGAAAAAUU